UAUACCUACUUAAUGUAAAUUAGCUUUCUUUAGAUAUAUUUUAUUUUUUAUUUACACGAGUGAUGUAAAGUUUGUUAUCAUUGAGUUAGCAGGCACCUACUUCUGGAAGUAUUUCCCAUACAAUGCUGAAGUUCUGACGUGUGGUUUCUUGGAGCAUGCAGCUACUGCUGUGCCUGGCGUGGUGCUGGGCGGCGGCGGGGGCGGGGACGGGGGCGCGGGCGGGGGCGGCGGGGCCGCUGCUGGGCGCCGUGGACCAGGUGGUCAGCGGAGUCGCCGACGACCUCACGCAGGGCCCCGCCUGGCCCGACGACUACGCUCCCAAGCUCACAGACGGCGAUGAGUUCGAGUACAUCGUGGUGGGCGCGGGCGCGGGCGGGGCGGCGGUGGCGGCGCGGCUAGCGCUGGCGGGGAGAGACGUGCUGCUGCUGGAGGCCGGCGGGGACCCCACGCUGCUCACCCGGAUCCCGGGCGCGGCGAUGGGUCUGCUGGGCUCGGACGUGGACUGGGCGUACCCCACGGUGCCCAACUACGUGUCGUGCCUGUCCUCCACCGGGCAGCAGUGCCGCUUCAGCCGCGGCCGCUGCCUUGGGGGCUCCUCGUCCAUCAACUACAUGAUGUUCGUGCGGGGGGGCCGCGCCGACCACGACGCGUGGGGGGUCCCCGGGUGGGGCGCGCGGGACAUGCAGCCCUACUACCUGAAGUACGAGGGGCUGCAGGAGGCCGCGCUGGCCCGCCUGCCGCCCGCCUCCAGGCCCUUCCACAACACCACCGGCAUCAUGCAGGUAGACUUCUUCCCGGAGACGAAGAACACCUGGCACGACAGGAUAUUCGAGGGACUACAAUCUUUGAACUUUCCAUUUAACCCCGACGUGAACGCAGAGUCCCAGAUCGGCGUGUCGCGCGUGGCGGGCUACGUGCUGGGCGGGGAGCGCAUGAGCACCGCACGGGGGUACCUCGCUGACGAGGAAGUCAAGAAGGAGCUGAAGGUGGCCAAGCACACGCUCGCCGGCGCCCUAGUCAUAGACGACGACAACGUGGUGCGCGGCAUCAACGUCAUCAGCGGCGCGCUCGCCCCCCGGCAGCUCAAACUGUACGCGAGCAAGGAGGUGAUUCUAAGCGCGGGCGCCGUGGGGACUCCGCAGAUCCUACAGUUAUCGGGUAUCGGUCCGGCGGAGCACCUCGCGGCGCUGGGCGUGCCGGUGCGCGCGGACCUGCCGGUGGGUGAGGGGCUGCGCGACCACGUGCUGCCGCUGCUGCUGGUGCAGGUGGACCCCGGCCCCGGCCUGCCCGCGCCCAACCCCUUCGUGUUCGCCGCCAAGGGCGCGCAGGGGGCGCAGUGGCUCGCGAGCCGCACGGGGGAGCUCGCCACUAACGGCGUCACCGACGUCACCGCCUUCCUCAACACCAGCUGCUACGACGUGGAGCGGCGGCGGCUGCUCCCCGGCCCCGGCUGCGACCUGCCCACCACGCAGCUCAUCCACGCGUACAUCGACCGCGGGCUGCUCCCCGGCAUCGAGCCUGUCGUCAAGAACGCCAUCGGGUUCAACGACGACGUCGUGGAGCAGCUCAGCGACGCCAACGUGGAGCACGCGCUGCUGGUGGUGAGCCCGGUGCUGCUGCAGCCGCGCUCCGCGGGCCGCGUGCGCCUCGCCAGCGCCGACCCGCGGGACCGGCCGCUCAUCUAUCCUAACUACCUGAGCGACGAGCGCGACGUGGAGGAGAUGCUGCGCGCCAUCGCCGUGGUGGAGCAGCUGACGGAGACGGCGGCCUGGGCGGCGCGGGGGGCGCGGCUGCUGCGGCUGCGGCUGCCGGGCUGCCCGGACCCGGCGGGGGAGGGGGGGGCGGGGUACUGGCGCUGCUACGCGCGGCACAUGACGUACUCGGUGUACCACGCGGUGGGGUCGGCGGCGCUGGGCGGUCCGCUGGACGCGCGCGGGCGGGUGCGCGGGGUGCGCGGGGCGCGGGUGGCCGACGCCUCGCUGGCGCCGCGGCUGCCCCGCGGGAACACCGAGGCCAUGGUGCUCGCCAUCGCGGAGAAAAUAGCUGAUCUCGUUCUUGAAGAUGAUGCGAAUGAGACUGUUUAGGUACCCAUGUUUCGUAUAAAAGUAAGUGUACAAUUUGAACUAGUUUUGGAGAAUUACCGAAUUUAUAAAAUAAAAUAUCUAAGUAUUGCUUUUCCUGUUGCAUCAUCGUAAGCAGGUACCUACCUCGUGAAACAGUGAAUGGUUCAAUAAUAAAAUAAGUUUGGAAAUAAUCAGAUACAAAA